CUCCUCUCCCUCCACCUCCUCCGGCUACUGAUGCUGUUGCUGCUGCACUAGCUGCGCUGGCACGACGACCCCCGACUCGUUCUCUCUGGCGUGUCUUUUCCGUCGCCUGUGCACAAACCUUCUGGAAUCGGGCACUGACCGUUCUCCCUCUCAUAUCUUUCAAUUACGCCAACCCUGCACAUUCUGUCUCACUCAAUACACCGCGCUUGAUUAACACAAGGCCCGGCUGCCUUGUCUCGCCAGCAUCCCCUCGUCUGCUGCUCCUCGACAAAAUAACACGCCCGUCGCCCGCACACACGAACGCGUCCACUCAGUCACACACACAUACACUCGACACUAGGAGGUAGCCUCGACAAACGGACGCUUUCUUGGCUCUGCGCUUCUCCACGCGUGCUCCCCAUCCAUCAUCAUCAUCAUCUCAAAUUCAUCAAACUGCUCAUCCGACUAGUUCGUACCCACGCCCCGUUCCGUCCGGCUCGAGGCACUACUCUACCAUUCCCCCCCUCGACAAUAACCGACCUCCUUUCUGCGCAUCCUGCAUCCUGAUGCGAAAAAGCAUCGACCUGUCUCAUCAUCAUCAGCAGAGUCAUCGCCUUCGAGAGGACCCACUGAGAAUCCGAGCAGUAGUCAAGCCACACGCCUGCGCUAUCCCGGCACUGCUUGUCCUGAUCGUCUCUCCUAACGGGGCAACAACCUUCCGGGUGCCCCUUCCGCUCCCCGUUGCACUGGACCUCCCUUCUCUCGUGCACGAUCACAACGACAUCAACCUUUGAAAGGGCAUCGCCGUCUAUACACAUUCCUUUACAUCCCACUUGACGCUCGUCCCGGACCCUGAACACACUACCUCCAGUCCCUUGGUUGCUCUACCAUCUCUAUCCAACUCCACCUACUGCUACAGUCGACCUACCGAUACAACCUAAUCCCUAAUCACUGGCCUUGACGGUCUGUAAUCCACACAAACUGCUUCUGACUUGUCGUCUACCGAUACUCCUCAUCGAACCACUCCAAGAAACAACAGUGAAAGCUUGCAUGCUACAUGUUGCCAUAGUCUUUCACAACUUCUUGAGCACUAGCCUCGAUCAUAGAGGCCAUCAAGGCAAUCAUGACCGUCGCGUACGAUAUGUCGUCGUACCGCGGCUGGUCAAGCAGUUCGCAGACUGCCGUGUGCCUUGAAGACAAGUUCGAGAUCUUGAAAGACAUCGGCGACGGCAGCUUCGGCAGUGUCACCUUGGGCAGGACGAGAAGCGCAGGCGCACACAUCGUCCGACGAGGCACUCUGGUGGCGAUCAAGACGAUGAAGAAGACUUUCGAGAACUUUGCACAAUGCAUGGAACUGCGAGAAGUCAUCUUCCUGAGAUCACUCCCCAAUCACCCUCAUCUGGUACCGGCUUACGACAUCUUCCUGGAUCCGUUGAGCAAAAAGCUUCACAUUGCUAUGGAAUAUAUGGACGGCAACCUGUACCAGCUAAUGAAGGCCAGAGAUCACAAGCCACUGGACUGCAGUAGCGUAAAGAGCAUACUGUUUCAGAUUCUCGGUGGCCUGGAGCACAUCCAUGAUCACAGUUUCUUUCACCGCGACAUCAAACCCGAAAAUAUCUUGGUAUCGACAUCUGCUCCUGACUCGGGGAGUACGUUCAAACGCUAUUCGUCCCUCGUGACACCACCGUCCACACCGCCAGCCUACUCUAUCAAGAUUGCAGACUUUGGCCUGGCGAGAGAAACUCACUCGCGCGUACCAUAUACGACUUACGUUUCGACUCGAUGGUAUCGGGCCCCUGAAGUGCUCCUCCGAGCGGGCGAGUACUCCGCACCGGUCGAUAUCUGGGCUGUGGGUGCCAUGGCCGUCGAGAUCGCGACACUGAAGCCUCUCUUCCCUGGCGGCAAUGAAGUCGACCAGGUGUGGAGGGUAUGCGAGAUUAUGGGAAGCCCCGGCAGCUGGGUGAAUAAGCAUGGACACAAAGUGGGAGGUGGCGAGUGGAAGGAAGGGAUCAAGCUCGCCCAGAAGUUGGGUUUCUCCUUCCCAAAGAUGGCACCUCACUCACUGGAGACGGUGCUUCCGGCUCCGCACUGGCCUGCGAGCCUCGCCCAUUUCGUGACAUGGUGCUUGAUGUGGGAUCCCAAGGUUCGACCGACAUCGCGACAAGCGCUCGAGCACGUGUUUUUCCAGGACGCGCUCGACCCGUUACGACCCAAGAGCGCUGCUGCGCAGAAGGCUCUCGGACGAAAGAGCUCUACUCAUCUGGGCGCCACCGACUCAACUGAUAGCGUACCAUCGCUGACCACCAAGACCUCGUCAUGGUUCCGAAAGUCCCUUGGCCCUCGCGAUUCGUCAGCACCACCCGUGCCUGAGUAUCCCCAGGCGUCCAACAAAGAGUCACCACGGCCUACUCCAUUGCAGGCCAACACAUCGGAUACCUCUGCCGCUGUGGAGAAGGGCCGCCCGAACCCCACGAAGCGUGCUACAUGGGCAAACGGUGUGUCCAAUGCGGCUCCAAUACCAAUCCUGCCCUCCAUUCGGCCGAUUUCCCCAUUGCGCGACGAGUCUGUGGCGCAGGCCAAUGUAUCUCGCACAGAGCAGCCGGAUGAGCGACCGGGCAAGAAGAUUGGCAGGCAAUUGUCUGUUAACUCUCAAGGCAACCACUACGCCGAGAUCCAUCGGCAAGAAGCUGAGCGUGCUUUGAACGGCAACAGUGGUCUCAAAUCACCAACAGGCAGCCAAAGAGAAAGCUUCUUCUCUCAUCUACGAAAACGUGCUCGACGUUUCUCUGGUAAACCCACCGGCCCGACAUCACCCACGCCAGACGACAUGGAGGCCAAUGUCGGCUGCGCGCCGUGGACGACUAACAGGCAGUCCAUGCAGCCAGAGCCCCAAGCAAUUGCUCCCAAUGCAGCGGAUCCCUCCGUGGAUCCGAACUUCGCUGAAUUAGACCGCGCCCUGCAGAAUGUGAGGUAUAGCCUUGAUGCCGCUGCAAGUGCGGCACCUUCACAACCCAAGCCCCCGGUCAGGAUGGCCAGCAAUCCGACCCUGAAGCGACAUCACUCUCUGCCGUAUGGCAAAGAAGAACAAACAGCCUCUGUGCGCUCUCGCCGACCUGUCAAGCCAGCACCUGGCAACGUCAGGUACGAGGCUCCUUGCGAAGAGGACGAGCUGCUCGACGAGGCGCUCGCUUCUGCUCAUCGUGCCGUGACUCGGCUCGACCAUGGCGUCGCACCAUCCGCGCGUCCACUGCUGCCACACGUCACCUCUGAGCCCACGUACAACGUGCCUUACCUCACGCCCUCCCACUCGAAGGAUCAGAUGGCUGUGGAUUAUGUCACAAACGACUCCACGCCUUCGAAGCCCGUCAACAUUCCUCCCAUGCGACAACAGGAGAAGGCAGUCGUAAACCCACAAUGGCCCACUCCGCCCUAUGACGAGAACGACUGGGCAUCAGGCGUAGCAGCAAGCAUCUUCGCCACCCAAGCCUCUUUCCGGUAGACGGUUGAUGAAGGCGUCUGGCAAUGCAGUCACUGCCCACUUUUUUCCUAUGUUUAUAUCUGCUUCUACGCAUAGCACCGGCGCAUGGUGUUAUACUCGAUUGGCUGGACCCAAGCACGGCAUCAGCAUCAUCUCUUCGGUAAUCUGGCGUUCCAGCAUCUCUGAGUGGGUACAGGGCCAAGACGUGUCGGCGUACCAAAAGCGCAACACGAAUUUUACAUCACAUUGCAACAUCUGUACAGGAUCUUGAUUUGAUCAUGUUGCGUCAACAUCUACUACGAGCUCGAUCAGAGCGACAUUCUUUCCUUUGCAUCAGAUAUACACCUUCGUACCUCGAUUGUCUUUGGAGAGACAGGGUAGCGAGCGAGUGUAAGAGGGAGGGGAUUGUAACAAAAUUUCCGGAGGCGUCUUUGUUUUGACUUUCGCUGCGUUACAAAUUAGAGGACCGAGAAUGGGUUUCUCUGCCGCACAUGUUCGAGUGGACACUGCUGAUACCCCCAAGAGUGAAUGUCUAAUCAGACCUGCUCGAUAGUUUUUUGCAAUUUCGCGCAAGGUCGCAAGGCUCAUAUGUUUAGAAUAGCCCGAGAAAUAGCAUUGAU